AUGAUUAUAAAACUAUUGAUUCUAGCCUGUUUGGCGUUGGGAACAGUCUAUACACUGACUUGUUACAAUGGAAGUAAAAUGUUGGCAAUGCAAAGUGUUGGAGAGACAACUGAGGAAUGUCCAGACUCUUCGUACUGUUAUAAUAUGUCGACAACUGCCUAUGUUAUGUUAAACAUGGUCAAGGCUGGAUGUUCCAGAUGGAGAUGUAUGUUAGCCAAAGACACUUGCAUUUUCACAACAUUCCAAAUGGUACCCGUCAGUUUGUGUUGCUGCAGUUAUGAUAGAUGUAACGUUGGCGGAAAUCCAGUCUACUCGGAUAACCCGAAACAGAUUCAAGGCGGCGGUGGAUCCAACUGGAAUAACAAUAAUGGAGCCAGUGGUGGAUCAUGGGGAAAUGGAAACAGUAACAAUAAUAAUAAUGGAGGACAAAAUAAUAAUGGAUGGGGAAAUAAUAAUGACUGGAGCAGCAAUUACAACUAUGGAGGUCAGAACUCAGCGAAAGAGGAGACUAUGAUCAAAAAAACUGCCGAAGACUCGCAAAGCAAGAAAAAAUGGACGAAUAAAGAAGUGGAGGAUAUGUGGAAGAAGUCGAUUGACGAUCGUGGAGACGAGAUUCAAUUGGAAGAUGAUUUUAAGAAAAUCGAUAAAAAUUACAAAACCCAAUCUGUGCCUCAACAAGCGCCAAGAACCCUCUCAGCGAGAAAAGAAGUAGAACAUAUUCCGUUGGGAGCUGGAAAGGCUGGAAGUGCUGGAAGUGCUAAGUCAACUACCUCCUCUUCCUCAUCGUCUGGAAAAGCUGGAAACGCUGGAGAGAUUAAUAUUUGA